AUGAAUGAAAAGGAAGGAGCUACAGACAUGAGUGUUUUAUAUGCCUUGUUGAUGAGGGUAUCUAGAGCCUUUUUUAAUACACAACAAAUAGUAGUGUUAGAUCAACUUAUGAGACAAGAGGAAAUAAGUGACGAAAAUUUAGCAAAAAAUGUUGGACUCACAGUCAAAGAGAUCCAUAGGCUUUGCGGAACUUUGAAAGAAGCAUGCCUUAUUAAAACUUGUUUCUCGCUUAUGGGUUCGCAUAAAAUUAGUAUUAGACGUUUGGUGCUAAUGAGUUUUAGAGAUCAUGUUAUUUUACCUAUACGUGAUAGAGUUGAAGAUGCAUUUAAUAAACUAUUUCAUGAUUUUGAUUCUGGAAUUCCUGUAACAGACACUGCAGCUC